UCUGGGGUCAUUGAACGAUCGUGGGGAGCUGACGAAACUGGGUCGACGGAUGGCAGAGUUCCCUGUUGAUCCUAUGUUAUCUAAAGCCAUCAUUUCUAGCGAGAAGUACUCAUGUACUGACGAGAUAAAAAGAUGCAUGCAGACCAAGCACGUCAAAAUUUCGUUCGCACAGGAGGAGAUCACUUCACAUUGCUCAACGUCUGGGAGCAAUGGGCCGAUACGAAUUAUUCGCAACAGUUCUGCUACGAGCAAUUCUUGCAGUUCAAGAGUCUUAGUCGGGCGCGGGAUAUUCGGGAUCAACUUGCUGGGCUUUGCGAACGUGUCGAAGUUGUUAUUCAGAGUAAUCCGAACGCAAACGAUGUCAGCCCUGUGCAGAAAGCUAUCACCUCGGGGUACUUUUACAAUACUGCCCAACUCCAGAAGAGUGGCGACUCUUACCGGACGCUGAAGACGCAUCACACUGUAUAUAUCCACCCCUCGUCAAGUCUUUUCCAACACCAACCGCCCGUCAAAACGGUGCUAUAUUAUGAGCUUGUCAUGACCUCAAAAUCAUACAUGAGGCAAGUCCUUUUUCCGACAAACCAUAUGCAUCUAAUCGCUUUGCUCCCCAUCAGACAAAUCAUGGAAAUCAAGCCGUCAUGGCUAAUGGAAGUCGCUCCUCAUUACUUCAAGGCUGCAGAUUUAGAGCAGCUGACUACUGGUGAUAAGAAGUUGCCCAAUGCAAAAGCGGUUGGUUCGUCGGGGGCAGCUGCUUCAUGACGUGCUCCCUUUCGGUAGUGGUCCAUGCUGAACUAUAUUUGGUAUUCCCCAUAUCAUGAUUCGUAUGUGCUCGAUAGUAGUAAUUUUGCAUCGGAGUUGUGGGUG